AUGGCCGACGCCAUGGAUUGCUCCGCUGUCUAUAUCGACGACCGCGUCUCGUCUGAGCGAUGGGUGCGCAGGAUUCCGCCCGCCGAUCAGCCUGUCUCCUCCUCGUGGAUCCUUCCUGAUGAGCCUGAGGCGUUGUACGCAAAUGUCGACCGGUUGUUGGAUGUGUGCAAGCAGAUCUAUCUCUGCCACGCAGGAACCUCCUUUGCCACCAAACUCGCGGAACUCACCGACCGCGCCGGAAACGACUGCACCCCCAUCUUCGCUUUCUUCGACAUUGACCUCUCGAGCGACGACAGCGCCAGCAGCCGUCGCAAGCUCAGCCGCACCUCCUGGUCCGAACUGGAUACCGCGCCCCCGUCCCCCUCGGCCAUUUCCCUCCGCCGCGGUUUCACCUUCUCCUCCCAGUCCGAGGAGGCCUACGGCCUACAACUUCUAUCGGGUGUCUCGGCAGACAUCCAGGUCCGCGAUGGGCCCAAUCUCAUCAUUCCUAUCGCCAUCUUGCGUUCCCCAGCCACGAACCUAGCUCGCCAGACUCUGGAGGAAACCGAUGGAGAUCUGGAUCUGGAUCAACAACCAAAACAACACCAACAACACCGUGAUAUACUCUCCGCCGAACCACGCCAUGUCUCUCGGUGUCUGGACGCGGGCGCCCUCGACGUCCUCACCUCCCCGCUCGACCGCUCCCGCACCCAUGGCCUACUUGUCCAUGCCUAUCGCACUCGCAAGACCGCCCAGAAGGAGCUCUCGCGUUUCAUGGCCAAGCGGAAACUACGAAAACAGUCUUGGGUAGGCGUGCAUGGGGAACAACCGUAUGCAUACUUGCGAGAAGCCAUGGUCUCCAAGCUUAUGAAAGGCAUCUGCAAUCCCGAGGAGGUGAUUGAAGAAUUUCAAGAACGGGAACUCGAUGUUAUUCCAGAACGACAGGCUAUCGUCAAAGAGCAGAUCGGCCGCUGGGCCUUCACGGCGCACCAGUUCACCGAAGACGAGCUGGUGUACGGGGCGUGCGAGAUGCUACAGCAUGCGCUGAACAUGCCCGAGCUGGAUCACUGGCGGCUCACACCCGGGGAGCUGCGCACUUUCUUAUUAGCCUGCCGCGCCGCGUAUAACUCUUUCGUUCUCUAUCACAAUUUCCGACACGCGGUGGAUGUGCUACAGUCGGUCUUUUGUUUCCUGCUCCACAUCGGUGCCUUGCCCACGUACGGCGACAUUAAGACUCCGGUUCCUAAAUCGCCCAUCGCCUCGCUGCUGUCCCCCUUUGACGCGCUGACGCUCCUAAUCGCCGCCAUCGGGCAUGAUGUCGGCCAUCCCGGCGUCAACAACUUCUUCCUGGUCAAGUUGAACGCCCCCCUCGCGCAGUUGUACAACGACAACUCGGUGCUCGAGGCCUUCCACUGCGCCGCCUAUUCGCAGAUCCUGCGCCGCCACUGGCCCGCCGCGUUCAAGGACAACCAACUGCGCAAGCUGCUCAUCAGCUCCAUCCUCGCCACCGAUAUGGGCGUCCAUCAGAAGUUCAUGGAGCGCCUGGGCCACCUGCAGGAGAAGUACUACGCUAACAACAAAUCGCUCGACGGCUGGAAACCCCAGGAUCUCGACCAGUAUCGGGCUCUGGUGUGCGGAUUGCUCAUCAAGUGCGCCGACAUCAGUAAUGUCUCGCGGCCCUGGGACGUGGCCGAGCGCUGGACCAAGAUCCUGCAGGAAGAAUUCGCCAACCAGGGCGACAUGGAGAAGGAGGUCGGCAUGGAGACCACCCUCUUCGGCGGGCCGCCGGAGUUGGGCAACAUGUUCAAGCUGGCCACCGGCCAGAUCGGCUUCAUGUCCAUCUUCGCCCUACCGCUGUUCGAGGGCGUCGCCGACCUGUUGCCCCAGCUGCGCUUCACUGUCCAGCAGAUUCGCGCCAAUCAAACCGUCUGGCGCGAUUUUGCCGACCGCGAGAUGCAGAAACAGGGGCUCUUCGUCGAGGCCCCUACCCCGGGCGCCGUCUCGCCUCGCACUCAGAGCCCGGUGCGCACCCCCUCGGCCGCCGUGAACGGUCAACAACGCCACGAGGGAACCGCCGCCCGCACCAACGGAGGAGAAACCCUCCGGGAAAUCGAUGAGGCAGACGAUGUGACCGAGGGUAUUGUGGAUGACACAUCAUCAUCAUCAUCAUCACCGGUAUUCCCCCGAGUCUCGCUCGGGUCCGUCACGCGUGACGUCUUGAAUGAAAAUGCGCUGAGCCCCGUCGUGUCGCCCGAUACCGAGGGUCCGUCGAUUGACAUCACUGGUGCCUCGUUACCUGUCGGCGGCGGCGGCGUCCAGGCGUCACGCAAAUCCUCCAGCGCGGUGCCCCUGUCGGAGAUAUCACUGAUCCCCAUCGCGGACAUCCCGCGCGACCGCAACGGCUCGGUCCAGACGCAGAUCCGAGCCGCGGACAGUCCUGAUUACCAUUCGUCGGAUGACUCGGCCGUCCUGGCCGCCGUCGUUCUCCCGGAUAGACCUGGGCCUGCCCGGCCCACCAGCAGUAGUACAGACCGGCCGAGUAGCUCACGGCAAGGUGGCCCCCAGGGCGGCGGCGGCAGCGGCGGCGGUGGCGGCGCCGUCACCGCCGUGCAUCAACGGCACCACACCAACACGAGCUCGAAACACACGACAGCCUCCAAUCGACACAGCUGCACGCGCACCCAGUCGGUCAGCACGUACAGCAAUCCCGUUAUGACACCCAUCUCGCCAGCGACCAAUGCGACUAGCUUCCUAACGGUUGACAGCGGGGAUGAUCGCGACGCAACCACCUCCAAGAGCGAGACCGAAGCGCCGGGCGAUACUGGCAGCAGCACACGGCCCAGCUCAUCGGACGCGUACGGGUUUGUUGAUCAUGAGGAUAACCAUUAUCAUAAUGGUUAUAACCACCAUCAUCAUAAUCAUCAUCAUCAUCAUCAUCAUCACCACGACCACGACCAUCACCAAGGGGAUCAUAACGACAUCCGCCAAUACAGUUCCAGUUACAGCCAGUCCUCUUCAUCACAGCCGCAUGACCCUCUAGACAAGGGAUCCCUGAUGGCAACACUAGUGGGCAAUGGCGGCAAUGACCGUCGUAGCUGCAGUCCAACACAUUCCACCGCCACCUCGGGUAGCAGUCAUCAUCAUCAUCAUCAUCAUCACCAUCCUCACCAUCCUCCCUACUCGCACUCGCACCCCCAACACCUAGAUCCUCAGCAACACCAUGAGGUCUCUCCCGAACACGGCGGCGAGCAUUCGCUGCUUCGACUGGCGAAACGGCGCAGUCGGCUGCGACUGGCAUUCUGGAAGCGCAAGCCACACCACUCACACCAGCAGGAAGUGAGCGGGGAUAUCCAUUGA